UGAAAGGUCAAAUUCGUUCUUCGAAGCACUUCUGGUUUUCCCAGCUUAAAAAAGAAAUGUUUUGAAGCUACGUGACUAAUUAGAGAUUUCAAAAAUGUCGUCUGAUAAAGUAAUCGGGCCUCCCUUACCCCCUAUGUUCAGAAAGGAGGAGAGCGAUGAAGACUCAGACUCUGAAGAUGGAUUCUCUGGCCCUGCUUUACCUCCCGGGUAUAAACGAGGAGGACCGUCGAGCUCAUCGGACGACAGUGAACAGGAGGUGUCGUUCAAAAGAGCUAAAACAAAACACACAGCUGCAGAAGAGGUGGAGAAGACAAAUUCACAAGAAGAAGAAGAUGAUGAUGAUGAUGGUUUCUUUGGACCAGCUCUGCCACCAGGUUUUAAGAAACAACAGAGUUCACCAGAAAGGCCACCUGUGCUGGGACCCGCUUUACCUCCUGGGUUUCGCAGAGCAGCAUACGAGAACGACGACGACGACGAUGAUGAUAACAGUGAGGACGGAGAGGGUUUCCCAGGGCCGGCACUUCCACCGGGCUACAGGGCUGAGUCCUCCAGCAGCGAAGGAGAGGAUGAUGUGAUCGGACCCAUGCCAUCCAAAGGAGAUAUUCAAGACUCUGUGGCACUGGAUUUUGAGCGAAGAGCAAAAAGGAUGAAGGACAAGCUGACAGGAGAAGAGACCCCCGAGGUUCUGGCUCGAGAAACAUGGAUGACAGAGCUCCCACCAGAACUGCAGCACAUUGGCUUGGGGGCUCGAACCUUCAAGAAGAAGUCGGGUCCAGAGAACAAAGAUCGCUCCAUUUGGACAGAUACGCCAGAAGACCGGGAGCGUAAGAUCAGGGAACGCCUUGAACGAAAGCAGAAGGGUGAAGAAGAAGUUGAUGAAAAAGUUCCAAAACUCUCCAGGAAGGACUUGGAAAUGGCAGAUAAAGUUUCUAAAUAUAAUGAAACGAAACGUGCCGAGUCUCUGAUGACUUUGCACACCAAAACAAUGAAGGAAAAAGCGAAGGAGAAGGCUGACAUACCGGUGGAGAGGAAGCCAUUCGAUAGGGAUGCAGACCUGCAGGUGAAUCGCUUUGAUGAUGCGCAGAAGGAGCGCCUCCUUAAGAAAUCUCAGGAACUUAACACGCGUUUCUCCCACAGCAAAGAUCGAAUGUUCUUGUGAUGAACUCUCAAAAUGUUAAAAGCCUUUUUUUGAAUAGGUUGCUACGGUCUAAAUUGGUGACAACUUCUUACAUGGUUUGUACAAUAUGGACUUUGUUUAUGGAUAGUCUUGUGUUACACAUAUGUAAGUUUAACUUUAUGCUAAGUAGGAAGUAAAGAAAACUAGACUAGGUAGACUAAGAAGGCAAAAUAGAAAUGUGGCCAACUUGGAUUUUACAGAAGAAGCUGCAUAUUUUAUACAACAGAUAUGGGGGAAGAAUACACAAUAUUUUCUUUUUUGCUGAACAGUUGAGCAUAUCUUUUGAGUUUUAGAUUAUCAUAUGUUAAAUUUAGCGUGGUUAAUAUUUAAUCUUAUCGGACUCAUGUCUUAAUUUACAGUAUAAAUAAUUCAGGGAUUAAUCAAUGUUUGAUAUUGUUUAAAUCAUAGACAAAACUACCAGUCAUUAUACAUAACAAUCCCACUAUAGAAGUACAUUAUAGGGGAUAAGCAAUGUUGUCCAAGUGUUUAUGCAAUCAAAAAGGAUAUAGGAAUGUACAUACUUUAAUGCUUGCUUGAUCAAAGCUGCAUUAAAGUAUCUCUCCUUUACAAAAUAAGUUUUGUUAAUGUUUUAGUGUCCUGUCAAAAUUCAGAUUCUAGUUACUUUACAUUCAUCCCUUUCAUUAAUUCAAUUUUAUUUGGCCCACAGGAUUAAAUAAAACUUCCAAAACGUUUGUACGCAUUGCUUUAAAAUGUAUGUUUGCAGUAUUCAUAGCAUCGUGUUUCAUGUGUUGAAUUAUUAUGUUCCUAUUUCUUUUACUUUGAUUAAAAAUUCAUUUUUAAACCUU